UGAGAGGAAGCCCUGAAUCCCGCCGCUGGGGCGGGGAGGGGCGUGGCCACGGCCUGGUGACGUAUCAGCCGCUCGCUCUCUCCGGGCCACGCCGGCUGACGUCAGUGCGCGCCCAGGGGCCCGGAAGCGAUGGCGGCUGCGGCAGGGAUGGGGCAGCAGUGGGUGCUGGUGGAGAUGGUGCAGGCGUUCUAUGAGGCUCCUGCUUACCAUCUUAUUUUGGAAGGAAUUCUAAUACUAUGGAUAAUCAGACUUCUUUUCUCUAAAACCUAUAAACUUCAAGAACGAUCUGACCUCACACCUAAGGAAAAGGAAGAAUUGAUUGAAGAGUGGCAACCAGAACCUCUUGUUCCUCCUGUAUCAAAAGAUCAUCCAGCUCUCAACUACAGUAUUGUUUCAGGCCCCCCAAGUCAUAAAAUCAUAGUGAAUAACAAGGAAUGUAUAAAUUUUGCAUCAUUUAACUUUCUUGGACUUCUGGAUAACGAAAGAGUGAAGAAUGCAGCCCAGGCAUCUUUGAGGAAGUAUGGAGUUGGCACUUGUGGACCUAGAGGGUUUUACGGCACUUUUGAUGUACACUUGGAAUUGGAAGAUCGACUAGCAAAAUUUAUGAGGACAGAGGAAUCUAUUAUAUACUCGUAUGGAUUUGCCACAAUUGCCAGUGCUAUUCCGGCAUAUUCAAAGCGAGGGGACAUAGUGUUUGUAGAUGAAGCUGCCUGCUUUGCUAUUCAGAAAGGAUUACAGGCCUCUCGAAGUAACAUUAAGUUAUUUAAACAUAAUGAUAUGGCUGACCUUGAGCGACUUCUGAAAGAACAAGAGAUUGAAGAUCAAAAGAAUCCUCGUAAGGCCUGUGUAACUCGAAGGUUUAUUUUGGUGGAAGGGCUAUAUAUGAAUACUGGAGAUAUUUGUCCUCUUCCAGAAUUGAUAAAAUUGAAAUAUAAAUAUAAAGUGAGGAUUUUUUUGGAGGAAAGUCUUUCGUUCGGAGUCCUCGGAGAAUAUGGACGAGGUGUUACGGAACACUUUGGAAUAAAUGUUGAUGAUAUAGAUCUGAUUAGUGCAAACAUGGAGAAUUCCCUGGCUUCUAUUGGAGGAUUUUGCUGUGGAAGAUCUUUUGUUAUUGACCAUCAGCGAUUGUCAGGUCAGGGUUAUUGCUUUUCAGCCUCUCUGCCUCCUCUACUAGCUGCUGCUGCUAUUGAGGCCCUCAAUAUCAUGGAAGAGAAUCCAGACAUUUUUCAGAUUUUACGAGAGAAAUGCAAACGGAUUCACAAAGCUUUACAAAGAAUCUCUGGUCUACUGAUUGUGGGAGAAUCAUUUUCUCCAGCAUUACACCUUCAGUUGGAAGAGACCAGUGGAUCUCGAGAGAGUGAUAUGAAGUUACUCAAGAGAAUUGUAGAUUAUUGUAUGAAUAGAAGUAUUGCAUUAACUCAGGCCCGCUAUCUGGAGAAGGAUGAGAAAUGUCUUCCGCCGCCAAGUAUUCGAGUAGUGGUAACAGUGGAACAAACAGAAGAAGAAUUGGAUAAAGCUGCAUCGAUUAUCAGGGAAGCUGCAGAGUCUGUACUGAAUUAAACUGCUGAUUGGAUACUUGUAUCCUGACAUUACGAAAAAAUGUUUUCCACUGUAUGGUGUCUUGGCUUCCAUUCCAAAGGUUCCAGCUGUUUAUGGCUCAACCAUUGAUAGAAUUGAAACCUUGAUAAUUAACGGGGUCAUUCCAGAACCAUGUAGAUCUGGUGAGGGGGAAAACGAUGAAUUUUGGAAUUACUAAAUGACAUACACCAUACGUAAAGAGUACAAACUCUACUUCUAGUACUGUUUUAAAUUGUAUAUCAUUAUUGUGCAGCAGUAUUUUAUAUUGAUUUCCCCCCUCCUUUUGUAAAAGCCUUACACUUUCCUCAGUCCCCUGAAAAUCUAAACACUCCAUUUCUCUCCAAAGAUUGCUGAGCAUUAUGAGAAUGUAGGAACUUUUAAUAUAAUCUCGAUAAAGUAAAUUUAAUUUUGUUUAAAAUAUUACCUAUUUCAAGAUAUUUCUAAUAUAUUUAAAAGCUAAAUAGUUAACAUAUUAAGGAAUUCUUGGUUUUGAGCUAUACUAAGUACGUAAGUACUUAGUUAUUAACGUAAUUAUGUACAUCCUAUAUUUAUAAACUAAAACUUUCUUUGGUUAACCAUUCCUUGAAACCAGUUCUUAAUCAUUGCCCCUAUAAUAGUCCAUUUUCCAAAAAAGAGAGAUUCACAUCAAAUACAGUUUGAUUAAUGCAUUUGAUCUGUAAGUAUAUGUUGGUUUGACUGUUAUGAAUGAGGUUUCUCUUAUGAUUAACUCACAUCUAGUUUUAGAAUUUGCUACCUUUCAUAUACUGUAUGCAGCCAAGAGCCUAAAGCAGUGGUGGGCAACCUGCAGCCUGUCAAGGUAAUCGGCUGGCGGGCUGCGAGACAGUUUGUUUAUACUGACCGUCUGCAGGCAUGGCUGGCCGUGGUUCAGCGUUCCAGGCCAAUGGGAGCUGCAGGAAGCAGCGCAGGCCUCAGGGAUGUGUUAUGCAAACAAACUGUCUCUCAGCCCACCAGCGGAUUACCCUGAUGGGCCGCAGGUUUCCCACCACUGGGCUAAAGACUACUAGUUUGAAGAGAUCUAGGAGAGAUUUUAAAUGGCGGGGGGAGGGAACUAACCAAAAUUUUGACACCUCCCCCCCUCCACUGUAUACCAACAAUAACAAUGUGAAAGUUCUGAAACACUAUCUCUAAAUUAUGCUGUGGUUUACUUAUCAAUAACUAUAAUUUAGACUUUGAUUUUCAGAAAUGCUUAAAGGAUUAAGUGUACAAGUCCCAUUGAGAUACAACUGAACUUAUGUACUUUUGAAAAUCUCCACCUUAGUCAUGUGCAGGUUUGCAGUAAACACAGAUGAGGGUACAAACAUAACACCAAUCACUUGGAAAACAACAGCUGAGGGAGGGUGACAUAAUUUAUUGUGACUUUUAUAACGUAUGAACCAUUACUGUGUACUCCAGGACUUUUUAGAAAGGCUAAUUGUGUUUGAAAACACUUUUCGUAUUCUGCCUAUUCCGUAUUCUGGGUUGUUUUAUAAUGUCUUUUUUUGGUUGCUGCUACAAAGACUACAGUGCUAUAUUUGGGAAAGAACUUUGUUUAAAUAAAGUUAAACAUCUUUGAUUCAAAA